UUACGGGAUUGAUUGUGGAGUGAAACGAAGGAUUUCUUGCCAAGCUAAAUCAGCGCCAAAAUGUGGCUGAUUUUCUGAGAAAAACAACAAGGGUGGGGGAUGAUUGGAAGUGUGUAAGCAUUGCAGUCAACAGAUGACGGCUCUGCAAGCAGAAAUUCGUCUUAACAGUCUCAAAAGUGUUGUGUUUCGAUUGGAAAGUUCCAUCAACAAGCCAGUUGGAGACGAGAAUGUGCUGCUUGCUCCACUCUGCGAUGGCAUAGAGGCGAUUUUUAGAUUUGGACUGAAGAGUUCCGUUUUCGGUCUCAAAAAAUGGGAUUAUUGGUGUUGGUUAGAGGCGCUGAUCGAUUACCUACCCAAUGAUAGGCAGAAGCUGGCUUACAUACAUACGGUAACGUUCGUAAAAUCAUGCAAAAAGAUCAAUUCAUAUCAGGGAUAUGGCCGACAGUUCAUUCGCCUCGCUCUGAUGAAGGGGCUUCUUCCGUACACAGUUCAGAGUCUAGCCAACUCAGCCAUACUCAAGUACUGGUACAGCGACUCUGCAGUUGUUCGAGAUAAAGUCAUGAGAGAAAUGCUGCUAGAAAUCUUGAAAGAAGUCAAUGAACAUGUCUUCACCCUGGACUUGAAGAAUUGCAGUUUUCUGGAUGAAACAUGGUUGAUUCCUGUUCUCAGGCAUGUUGAUAUCGUACCUUGUAAACAGCUCGGUUUGAUUGUGAGAACCGUAAACGGGAGAGUCAUGGUGGCUCAUGUGAGGAAAAACAGCGCUGCGGAAGAUGCUGGCAUUGCAUAUGGCGACACCCUGGACGAGCUGGUAGGGAUUGCCCUGCACAAGACUACGGCAAGCAAGGUUGUUGAUCUUCUUAAACGAAACACUGGCAGGCCAGUUUCUUGCACGUUCGUAAAGGGCAAACUCUCCACUGGACAGCUUUUCCCGCCAUCAGCAGAGCGCAUGACUGUAAUAACCGCUGAUCCUUACACGGAGGAGGAUAACGAUUUUGGCAAAGCUCCACAGCAGCUGGCAGGAUUCGAGGAGACUCCAGUUCAUGCGUCAGACACAAUUGCCAAAUAUACAGCCACGUAUUAUGGAAAAUUGGCAGUUGGUGAGGAUGGAGGUGUUGCAGUUAUUGAAGACUCUAUUCUGGACAUUUUAAAACAGAACAACAAACCAAAGCCUGUCUUCCUGAACCUAACCGAGACAAAUAUUGUGGUCACAGACCAAGCGACAUCAAAGGUUUUGGGAAUACACUCAUUUACUGAAACCUCGUCUUGUGGUCGACGUGCAGACAGAAAAGAAAUGAUUGCUUUCGUGUCAGGGGAAACAACAUGUACUAUGGCAAAAAAUUUUUAUUGCUACGUGUUUGAGAUGACCACCGAAAGAAUCGCCAAAGUCGUUUUGUACAGCAUUGCUGAUGGUUUUCUUCGCACAGUGUGGUUUGUAUGAGGAAACAACUUCAAAAGGGACAGCGGUAUUACCUCCGCACAUAAUGAGACCUCAUAGUGUUUAAGAAUACACAGUUUGUGUUUUUAAAACUAUGACAAAAAAAUAUGACAACGGGAUUCUCUUUGUUAAUAAGGCCGUCUUAUGCGGUUUAACAUUCAGAUUGUGUUUUUAAUUCACAACUUUAAAUGGGACAAAGGGGGUUGCCUCUACACAUAGUGACACCUCGUGCAGUUUAAUACACAUUUUGUGUUUUUAUUUCACCGAGCAAAUCCUUCCUCAAGGUGAACUGAACUUGAAUCUCCGCGUUUUGGUGUACAGUCCAACGUUGCAUACUCUACAUAGAAGUGCAUAAGGAUAACAGACAGAAUUUCAUACCGGAGAUCGAAUUUGUUAGAGAAGGAUGUUUAUUCCUCUUGACACGAAAGAAAAAUCCUCAGUUCCCAUGAGGAAUUGAAUUUCUUCGUUCAGCUGGAUCAGAGAGCUCUAGAAUUCUCCAAAUCUCCCAGCAGCCUUUUCUAACUGUUGAGAGCAUGUUUGAUUUUCCACUCAAGGUGUGAAAAGGGGAUUUGGAGAUUUUAAAAUUUAGCUUAUUCUAUUCAACUAAAAUCAGGGCCUCGUGUGCCAAAGAAUUUAGUGAGAAAUGACUGACUGACUUCAACUUGAAUUGUUGAAUUUUAUCAGUGAGACUUUAAUAUUCCAUUAUCUACUUAAUAGUUGUCUUUGCAUGAACUGUUUAUAGAGCUAAACGCGAAGGUCACCGUCUAAGUAGCUUGAUCUGAUCUAAUUCUUAUGGGGAAUGUUUUCCUAACCCGGCAAUGCGCAUGCGAACCUUGGGUGUAGAUAUUUUGAGAAUUUCGAAUUUAAUCUUGCCUUGAAAGGGGGUCAUGUAAGUUGACAAAUGCAUUUUCUGUCUAAUUUACGGCAUUAGGUCGUAUCCUUAAAAAAUAAUUCUGUAUUUUAUCAUAUAGUUGAAUUCUCAGAAUACAUUUGAAGGUGUCAGAUAGCUGACCGAUGAUUUAAAUAACUUAAUCAAUAAACGUCCAAUGUUUUUCCCUUCAAUGAAAGAUAUCAUAGCUCAUAGCUAGUAGCUAGAGAUGACAUUUUUUUUGGCAGAGCCGACAUGUUUCUUUGUCGAAUGCUAUUGUUGGGGUUUUUAAUUGGCCUGACUCCGCAUAAAGUUCAAAAGCUUUUCAAUUAUUUUUAAUUUACUGACCAGUAGAAACUUCUCAAUGAUUUACUCAGUCUGACACAGUGUAUGAACACACAAAAAGAGAUUGUGUAUGAUCAGGAAGCUUUCAACAUAAACUGCUGUUCUAGUGAUUUCACACAUAAUGUUCAAGUUGCCAGCGUUCUUUACCAUUCACCUCUCUUGCCUAUGAUUCACCGCACCAAGUUUUCUUUCAGUGCACUUUUCAAAGAAAACUUGUUGGUAUUAAGUAAAACACGACAAUAAAACUUCUUCUUAGACCCUCUA